CUUCCAGGAGAGAUUGCUUAGAGAAAUUUGGCCUGAAGAGCACAGAGAAGAUUACCAAAGAUGAUGAUGUUAUUUGUACCACUGAAUAUUCCCGCAUUGUGCCCUUGGAAAACGGGGAGAUUGUCGUUUCCUUGGUGAAUGGGCGUCCAGGAGCCAUGAAUUUCUCGUAUUCCCCUCUUCUGCGGAAUUUCACCAAAGCGACGAAUAUUCGGUUGCGCUUCUUGAGAACCAACACUCUGCUUGGACACCUGAUGGGGAAGGCCUUGAGGGAUCCCACGGUGACCAGGAGGUAUUACUACAGCAUCAAAGAUAUCAGCAUCGGAGGGCGCUGUGUUUGCCAUGGGCAUGCUGACGUCUGUGACGCCAAGGACCCUAAAGAUCCUUACAGGUUGCAGUGCGCCUGUCAACACAAUACCUGUGGUGGGUCGUGUGAUCACUGUUGUCCAGGAUUCAACCAGUUGCCUUGGAAACCAGCUACUACCGACAGCGCCAAUGAAUGUGAACCCUGUAACUGCAAUGGCCAUGCCUAUGAUUGCUAUUAUGACCCAGAGAUUGACCAUCAAAAGGCCAGCAAGAAUCAUUACAAUCAGUUUGAAGGAGGAGGUGUCUGCGUUGAUUGUCAGCAUCAUACAACGGGCGUUAACUGUGAAAGGUGCAGUCCGGGAUAUUAUAAAUCCCCUGAUCAUUCCAUAGAUUCACCUUAUAUUUGCUACCGCUGCAACUGUGACUCAGACUUUACCGAUGGCACUUGUGAAGAUUUCACUGGCCGCUGCUACUGCAAGCCAAACUACUCAGGAGAACAUUGUGAUGCUUGUGCAGACAAUUAUGUGGACUUCCCCCAUUGCUACCCGGUGUCGGUUGUGUCUUACAAUGCUACUGGAGAACAAGUCCUUCCCGCUGGGCAGAUAAUAACUUGCCAGUGCUCAGGCCCUGGAUUCUACGAAGGCACCUGCGACAAUGAAACUGGACACUGUCUGUGCCGAAUUGGGUUUCAAGGCUAUUUAUGCAACCAAUGUGCUCCUGGCUAUUUCAACUACCCGCUCUGUCAACACCUGAAUAUGGUGGACUUCAUUGUGAUCAGUGCAGUUUUGGAUACCAUUCCUACCCUCACUGCCAAGGUAUAUCAGUGUGAGAAAGGAUUCAUAGAAAGGAUCCAUUACAG